GGGAAAAGGGGUUGAAAUCAAUCAACUAAUCAACUUGUCAAAUGGCAUGGCAUCCGAAUGGUACGCAAAAAUCAAAGUGGUAAAUCUCCAAGUAGAAAAUCGAGAAAAAACGAUCAAGAUACGUCGCAUAAUGUGAUGUUCACCACAUAUACCCGGGGUUCAGUUCACAAACGAAAUUUGUACAUUGUAUCCUUUCCUAUCAUUUUUUUGUUUACAAUUUUGCGCUCUUUGUUAUAUCAGAUUUUCGUUAUACUUCGGUUUGUUUAUUGUCGCUCCUCGAAUUAUCUUGUCCGUUCACGAAAUGAACAAGCCAACAUGAACGAGGACAAGGAAAACGAAAACAGCAGCUGCAUUUUAGUCGAGGAAAUUACGGAGAUGGUACAAGCUAAAACCAGUGGCCCCGGACCUGGGGAUCCACUUUUGGCCAAACAAAAACACCACCACAGAAGGGCAUUCGAAUACAUCUCGAAAGCUUUGAAAAUUGAUGAAGAAAACGAAGGUCAAAAGGAUUUAGCCAUUGAUUUGUAUCGAAAAGGCAUCACGGAGCUCGAAUUGGGUAUUGCUGUCCAGUGCUGGGGUGGACGAGGUGAAGUAUGGGAAAGGGCACAAAGGCUGCAUGGAAAGAUGAAAACUAAUUUAGCUAUGGCUAAAGAUCGGUUACAGUUUUUAGAAUCCAGUCUACAAGAAUUUAAGGGGCAGUCAGAUCCUGAAACACCACCUAGGCCACCUAAGCUUAGCAAUAUUCCUAAACCACUAGUAAAAGUUCCUAAACCCCCAGCUUCUGGAAGAAAGUUGACAGUUGCAGCAAAACGUCCAACCAAUACCACCCUUUCGAAAAGCCAAACUCUACCUAGAUCCAUGGGUUCACGUUCAGCUCCAGUACAACCUGUUCGGCCAUUCAAUAAAAUCUCUUCUACACCUCCGGCAGUUAAAAAACAACUAAGCAUUCCAGGCAACGUUGGAUCGCCAUCCAGACGUAUUAAUAACAGCAACAACAUUAAUGCGCCUACAGCAAAACCUGGAGCAAUUCGUGCACGUUCUCCUGCCCUCAAAGGUAUAGAUCCAAAACUGGCCAAUUGCAUCCUUGAUGAAAUUGUGGUGGGUGGUGCGCAAGUUCAAUGGCACGAUAUUGUCGGACAAGAAACUGCCAAACAAGCCCUACAAGAGAUGGUUAUUUUGCCAUCUUUACGUCCAGAACUUUUUACUGGCUUAAGAACACCUGCCAGAGGACUUUUGCUAUUCGGGCCGCCGGGAAAUGGCAAAACUUUAUUGGCCAGGGCUGUUGCUACAGAGUGCCAGGCUACAUUUUUCUCUAUAAGUGCUGCCAGCCUUACAUCAAAGUAUGUCGGGGAUGGAGAAAAGUUGGUCCGAGCCUUGUUUGCUAUCGCCAGAGAACUUCAGCCUUCCAUAAUAUUUAUUGACGAAGUAGACUCGCUUUUGUCGGAAAGAUCGAAUAGUGAACACGAAGCCAGUCGCCGAUUGAAAACUGAGUUCCUAGUCGAAUUUGAUGGUUUGCCGAGCAAUCCAGAUGAAAAAGUACUGAUUAUGGCUGCCACUAACCGCCCACAAGAGCUAGAUGAGGCGGCUCUGCGACGAUUUCCGAAAAGGGUGUAUGUUACCUUGCCAAAUUUAGAUACUAGAAUAUGUUUAUUGAAAAAACUACUUGCCAAACAAGGGUGUAGUCUUACACAGUCAGAAUUAAGACGAUUAGCUACUCUGACUGAAGGGUAUUCUGCUAGUGACUUGACUGCUCUUGCUAAAGAUGCUGCUUUAGGCCCAAUUAGAGAACUUGAACCAGAACAAGUCAAACACCUGGAUCCAAGUGCUGUGAGAAGUAUAACAAUGGCGGAUUUCCUAGAUUCUCUAAAACGUAUAAGAAGAAGCGUGUCUCCCCACAGUUUGGUAGCUUAUGAAAAAUGGUCGCUUCAAUAUGGAGACGUCUCGAUAUAAAAAUCAUUCCCUCAUUACUUUUUAGAUGUCAUUUUAAUCUUUAUUUUCGUCUGUGAUACAAUAUGUUCACAUUAGUGGUUAAUUAGUAUUUACUCUAAUGAGAAGAAAAAUAUGUACAGGGUGUUUCCAGUUUGAGCCGCAUAAUUCGGAUCUUGGAAACGGACAAUUAUUAAGUGAUUUAAAAAUAUCAUCUCAAAUAAAACCAGGAUAAAUUUUAAAAAAAUUGAGAGCCUGCCUGUAACUGUUACCAUUUUCGAGAUUACCAUUUGCAAGAUUCCAAUAAUGCGGCUCUACAAUAGAGAUUUGAUCUGAACAAGCUACCCUAUAAGGUUUGCUUCAAAAAAUCGUCCAACGGUUUAAGGAUUUGUAUGGCCGCAUAAACGAACCUUAUUGUAAUAUGCAUAUUUUUCUCAGUUAUUACAGUUUAGUGUAGUGUGUUCCAUGUUAGUAUUUUAUGAGCUAUUGUUUACAAUAAUUUAUAGUAUAAGGGCCCCUAGGACAAUGCAUGUUAUAUUAUUCAGUAUGUUAAGUUGCACCGUUUGGCCAGAUAUUAUUUUAUUUAUUGUCAGUUUUUUAUUCUAGUUGCUAUUGAUACACUAUAGUUGGCUCUUGAAACCUCUUGGACCAAGAAAUUUUGCUGACUGCUUGUUUUUCUAUUCCAGUUUAUAUUAAAGUAUAAGCAAUUUAAUAAAUUUUCCAAAAUGCUGUAA